UUGCGCGAACGGUGCAUUGUGGGAUACUGCGGCCCAGCCAGGCACCUUGUGUUACUCGUUGUUUUACGGCGGCGGCCGCGGGUUUUCUACUCUUUGUAGCUUCCAAUAGCCGGCUGUUGUUUCUCGGCCUUCAGCCAUAACCAGGGGCAGCCCGCCCUGACACGUUAGCUUACUAAUCCUCUGUGUUACUUUUUUUGUUUCCGUAUUUAAUGUGUUAAAGCAGGAGACACGGAAAUGACUUCCAGCACCGAUGUGAUCCAGGUGACGAACGUUUCUCCCAGCGCCUCAUCUGAACAAAUGAUAACCCUGUUCGGGUUCCUGGGAAAAAUCGAGGAGCUGCGACUCUUUCCGCCUGAUGAUUCUCCUUUGCCUGUAACAUCUCGUGUCUGUUUUGUAAAGUUCCAAGAUCCAGACUCUGCGGUGGUUGCACAGCAUCUGACUAAUACGGUGUUCGUUGACAGAGCGUUGAUAGUAGUUCCAUAUGCAGAAGGAAUAAUUCCUGAUGAAGCCAAAGCCCUGUCGUUGGUGGCGCCAGCUAAUGCAGUUGCAGGCUUACUGCCUGGGGGAGCGCUUCUUCCCACUCCUAAUCCACUCAGUCAGAUUGGUGCUGUUCCACUUGCUGCUUUGGGAGCCCCUACACUUGAUACAACUCUUGCAGCCCUUACUCUUCCUGGAGCAAACUUAAAUUCACAGUCUCUUGCAGCAGAUCAGCUUUUAAAGCUUAUGAGCACCGUUGAUCCAAAAUUAAAUCAUGUAACAGCAGGGCUUGUGUCUCCAAAUAUGAAAUCUGAUACCUCCAGCAAAGACAUUGAGGAAGCUAUGAAGCGGGUCAGAGAGGCACAGUCCUUGAUUUCUGCUGCUAUUGAACCGGAUAAAAAGGAUGAAAAAAGCAAGAAGCAUUCAAGAUCACGAUCCCACUCCAGACGUAGGAGGACACCUUCAUCUUCCAGACACAGACGUUCCAGAAGUAGAUCAAGGAGGAGGUCACACUCAAAGUCUAGAAGUAGGCGACGGUCCAAGAGCCCUAGGAGGAGAAGGUCUCAUUCAAGAGAGAGGAGCCGACGUUCUAGAAGCACAUCUAAACCCAGAGAGAAAAAAAAAGAAGAAAAAGAAAAAAAGCGUUCUAAAACCCCACCUAAAAGCUACAGCGCAACCAGGCGAUCUAGAAGCACAAGCAGAGAUAAGAAGCGCAGAAAGAGCCGCAGUGGAUCACGGUCUCCCAAAAAAAUAAGAUCACCAAAGAGGAAGCCUUCUCGUUCACCAUCUCCUCGAAGGCAUAAAAAAGAAAAGAAGAAAGAUAAGGAUCGAGAGAGGAAUCGUGAUGAAAGAGAAAGAUCAACCAGUAAGAAAAAGAAGAGUAAAGAUAAGGAGAAGGAGCGUGAGAGGAGAUCUGAAAGUGAGAAAGAUGUAAAACAGGUAACACGUGACUACGAUGAAGAGGAACAAGGAUAUGACAGCGAGAAAGAAAGACGGGAAGAAUACAUGAUCCCAGAAGCAAGCCCACCAGCAAGCCCACCAGCACAGCGUGAAGAACCUGAAAGGCCAAUAGCAGAUUCGGUGAAAGACUCCAAAAUUAACGGGGAUGACCAUCACGAGGAGGAUAUGGAUAUGAGCGACUGAGCGUCUUAAAUGUGAAUGUUAGUGAAUAUGUGAGGUGGUGUUAUUCAUAUAUAUAUCUUUUGAUUUUCUAUUUAAAAUAUUUCCUAUAAUUUUGUCGUAUAUAAAACUGAGCUAUAAGUGAAUGUAUCCAACCUAACACAUUAACGUUCUGGCUGAUAAGUUUGUCGAAGUGGAUAACAAGUCCUGUAUGGUCAAACUGGAUUGUUGUUAGCAAACAGUUCGUUCUGGUGUGAUGUGACUUUUCAAAUAUGCUGCAUGCGUCUACACCUCGCAUGGGUUAUCUGGUUUGCUAUAUAGUUCCCCAUUUACCAUAUGUACAAUCUGAUUCAUUGAAUACAUGGUCUACAUAGAAAAUGAACCGAAUACGUCAGUGUGCAAAACAUCCUAGCUGUGAAAAACAAAUGAAUUGGAAGAUCCACAUCGUAUGUUCACAUCCUUCUGGUGUAAGUAGAUUAUUAGCCCCACAGCUGUUGUGGGUUUUGGCUUAAAUAAAAUGUACUAACCCUUUUCUGAAGGCUGUUAUCAAGACAUUUUUUUUGGAUGUCCAGUGAUCUGAAUGCCAUGCUCCUUGUUAAAAAUUCACCCAUUUUGGUAACGUAGACUGUUUUUACACUCUGUCCUCCUUUUUUUUUUUUUUUUUUUUUUGUUCUUCUUGCCCGUCUGUAACUUAAACAGGCCGUGCAUUUUUAAUCUGAUGCUUAUAUGCUAUGGUAGCAGUUUUGAUUUGUUCACUAUCAGUGUGGCAGCUAUCUGAUAGUGCUUGUAUCCUGUCAUACACUUAGUAGAGAGAGAGUUUUUUUUUUUUUUGUUUGUUUCAGAAUCUUGAACGCUUCAGUUUUGUUGAUUCCCAUAAGAAAAUGUAGGUUGCAAUCUGUGCCAUGUUGAUGUACAGUUCCUGAAAUUUUGUUUUACAAGAAACUUUGAUAAUAAAACUUUUAAAAAUA